AUGGAAGAUAUCAAAGAACGGUUCGUACUCGAGCUUAUUAAGUUUGCUAGGCAAAAAUCAGACUACUACCGUCAGCUAUACGAGUCACUCCCUCAGGAUAUUGUGAAUAUCGAGAGUCUCCCGAUCACCGAUGUUGAAGAUUAUUGGAGACUCGCACGCUCGGACCCAAAAAAUGUCUUGACGGGACCUUUUAUCGAUGGUGUCCCCCUCCGGAGUGGCGGAUCUACCAAUGAACCAAAGACAAUCUUUUCCACCCGCGAUGAAGUAACUAAAAUUGCUAAAAUCGAAGCCAAUCUUCGAGCACAGACAUCUGGAAUUUUACCUGGAGACCGAGUGGCAAAUCUGUUCACAUUUGGCGGCCUUUAUGGCGGCUACUGGUAUGCUAUUGCUCUCCUUCAAGAGAUACCAAUACCAUUAGUCCAUUUGCCUAUAUCUGGGAGCCAGCCGCUGGAUAAGAUUGUGGAGGAGAUGGAGGUUUUUGAAGCGACGGUUAUAUUAGCUCCCGUCUUCACCAUCAUCUUGCUGGCUGAGCACCUGACCAAGAAGGGAAGGUCGCUUGACAACAUUCGUGUCAUUGUGUUUUCUGGAGAAAGCCUCUUUGAAGAUACUCGCCCCCUAUGGGGUACUGCUUACCCAAAUGCCAAGAUUUAUUCGUCAUUCUAUGGUGGUGUCGACGUUGGCCCCUUAGGAGUACCUGCUCGUACCCCAGCUUGUUUCGAAGAAGCAUUCGACCCUACCUUCAAGAUGUGCUUCCCGGCAGUGUUGAUGGAGAUUAUCGCGGAGGAUGGAACGGUCAUCAAAGAACCUGGAAUACGAGGCAAUGUGGUGGCUACAACUUUGGUUAGAUACCUACAACCCAUGAUUCGGUACCCAGUUGGUGACGUUGCCGAGUGGGUGGACUAUGAGGCUCGAACCUUCAAGCAUCGCGGCCGUGCUUCCAUUGCCAUUAAGGUGGCUACAACUUUCCUCGAUCUGCCCCUAAUCAAGAAGAUAAUCGCGGAGGUCCUCGGUUCAUCUAUCACAGGGCGCUUCCAAUGUAUUGUUCGUCGCAAAGAAGGCAGCGCGAUAUUGACCUUCCGGCUCGCGAUCCCAAAGCCAGAACACCAUAAUCAAAUUCGUGACGAAGUCGAGGCAGCUCUUUCGCGAGCAUCCCCUAAAUGGAGAAGAGAUAGAGAAUGCUCUGCCAUUGCACCUUUGAUUUUGGAGUGGGUUGAUAAUAGCGGGCUGUUAUAUUCUGAGAAGAGCGGGAAGUUGAGGGAAAUCGUCGAUGAGCGAUACUAA